AGGCAAACAAACAGCAGCCUCUGACGUCACUCGCGGUCCCCGCCGGUCAGGGCGUGUUUGGGUCUGUAGCUUUGCGGGAAACCAGAACCGGGCCGGGCGUACGUUUUUCUGCCAACUUCUGCGGACUAAUGAUCAAAACUCUAGUCGACAAUGGAUUUCAAGGCUUUAUUUAACGAAAACUCGUUUCAGUUUUCGGACUUCCAAGAGUUUACGUUUCUUCCUAGACAUGAAAAGUUGACUGAAAGAGUCAGGAAGAGACUGUAUUAUGGUCUGGACAAAGAUGUUUCUCUGGAUGCCCUGUCUGGACCCGUCACAGAUAUAGCCGUUGAAAUCUUCCAGAAGUCCGCCCCAAGCCCGAUCCGGAAGCUCCAGAAGAAGUAUGCCGCUCACGUUGCCAGGGAGGCCUGCAUCUCGCCCUGCGCCAUGAUGCUGGCUCUGGUUUACAUCGAACGACUCCGACACCGAAACCCGGAAUACCUGCAGAAGAUCUCCUCCUCUGACCUUUUCUUGAUCUCAAUGAUGGUGGCCAGUAAGUACCUGUACGAUGAAGGCGAGGAAGAGGAGGUGUUCAACGACGAAUGGGGAGCGGCUGGGAAGCUGGACGUUCAGACCGUCAACAACCUGGAGAUGAAUUUCCUGAAGGCCAUCGAGUGGAGCCUCUUCACCGACCCCAAUGACUUCUUCGACACGCUGAGUCAGCUGGAGACCAGCAUUGCGCAGCGGCAGGGGCUGAAGCGCGGCUGGUUCACCUACACAGACCUGUGUGUCCUGCUGGAGCAGACUGCAUGGAGUCAGACGCUCGCCGCCAUCUAUCAGCACUUCACCAAGGUGUCCUGCAUGCUCGGCCUGGUCUACCUCACCAGCGUGGCGGGCCUCAUGGCGUCCAGCGCCGUGCUGCACCAGCUCAGCCUCUCCAGAACUCACCAGUCGCCGCUUCCUCUGCCGGACGAGAUCCCCUUGCUCCCGCCUCCCGCCGUCCGCCCCGAGACUCCGGCUCGGCGUCUUCCCUGCUGCCUUUUAGCCAACAAGAGCCUUAACCGUCCAUCCGGCGGACUCCACGGACAGCCGGGGACUUCUGUGGCGCGUCUGUGGGGUUCUCUUCUGGCCUCGGCGGCUCGCGGACUUCCUGAUAUGGAGAGCUGGCAGUCCUGCUCCGGUUUCCUCUCCGGUUUGGGGUUUCAGAACAGUUCUGUUCCUCACGGCCCUUUGAACAACCCCCAACAAUUAUCACGGUUUUUCCCUCCACAAACGCGUCUGGACUCUGGGUUGGGGGGGUUUCCGUCUGCACCGUGGCGCCCAGCCUUCCCCGACUGCGACUCAUCUGUUAGUAAAAUCCACGCCCUCCUCAUGCCUGCAUAGAAACACCAGCAGCGUUUCUGUCCUCACCAGCUCCAAAUUUCAGUUUGGUUUACUCCUGAUCAGAACCAGCGAGUUCUGACCGCUCUAGGACGGGUCAGGUUAUUAGUUUGUGCUUUGUUCUGGGUUGGAGGAUUUUGCACGGCUUUUUCAGUUGGUUUGUCGGUAAGUUUUGGGUCGUUUGGACCCCUGAAGGAUUCUCUGAAGCGUUUUCACGGGUGAGCUGGAUUUCUGUCUGCACUGAUUUCUUGUUUCAGUUUCUGAAUCUAUUAACAUUUUAUUUUUUUUUGAUGGUUUGGAGUUUGCACAGUUUGACUGGCUUCAUGCACGGUUUCACUUUCACCUCCAGGGGGCGCCAGGAGGCUUCUCUUGAGCUGUUAAAAACCCAAAGGUGUCAUCUUCAUCACCAAGGAACAAAAAAAAGAAGACGCUUUAGAGCACAAAUAGCUUUAAUUUUGUACACGGUGUAAGAAAACAGCAGAGUGUUUUUAAAAAAUAAAAGCUUUUCUUUCAGCA